AUGUCAUUUCCAGCCUUGAAAUCCCUUCUUUUUCCCCCACUUUCUCUUAGUCGGACUGAUUGCUUCUCCCGCAUUCUUCUUCCUCAACUCAGUCGACCUCUUCUUCGUCAAAGUGACUGCUUCUUCAAACCAGUGAACGCCAAAAGUCAGGUAAGUCUAUGGGAUAUUUGGAGUCCUAAGUUGAUCGGGUUUGGGUUGAGUCCUGAGACGCCAGCAUCUAUUCCAAAUUCUGCAUUCCAGCGGGAUCUCAAUAGCAAAGCUCUACUGGAUUGUGAGGCAGAAUGGAGAUGUAAAUUAAAUGUGAAAGAGGAAGAAAUCAUCCAUUUGGAAGCCAAGUUAUCAAAAGCUUGCGGUGCUCAAGAUCCAACAAGAAUGGAGUUUAAGAAUAAUGGGAAAAAUUUUCUGAAAACCCUAGAUCUGAGGACUCUGGUGGACGAAACUGCUACUGGAACUCCUCUGCUGGACAAAGUUGCUGCUGUGAACGAAGCCGCUGGACGAUGCUGCUGCUGCUGUGAACGAAGCCGCUGGACGAUGCUAUGA